GGGUUGCCUAGCUAUUAACAACAGCGUAAACAAAUAACUGUCAAUUAGUGAGGUUAUGGUAACUAAUUAGAACGGUUUUUUUUUAAAUAAUGCAGUAGUUAUUUGAAAUAAACUGUUUUUCAGUGAUAGUACAACGAAAAUGACGGAAAGCAACGAUAAAACUCCCUUAAAAAACCGCACAUUUGCUUACUACAGAAGCAUAUUUAAUAAGUACGACAAGGAUAAGGAUGGUUACAUAUCGGUGCAAGAGUUAUUCGAACUGAUUGAAAGCAGGGAGUACGAUAACGACAUUCCAACUCAUGUAGUGGAGAAAAUUCAUGAGAUGCACGAUGUGGAUAGAGAUCGAAGACUUGACUUUGAGGAGUUUGUUAAUAUGAUUAAUAAUCCGAAUUUGGGCCACGUUUUUGGACAUUUUAUCACAAGAUACAUUAAUUGGAUAGUACCGAAACGCACAGAUCCUACAAGAACCGUAACUGAUGGGGAGUACGAGGACGAAUAUUCCUGCAUUCCUCCACCUGUGGGAAUGAUAAUUAUAUCUUUAAUGGAAAUAGUUAUGUUUUGCGUGGACGAGGCGUCUAAAUUCGAUUCCACUAGAAGCGCAUCUGGCCCCACUGCCUAUUGGUUCAUAUACGACCCUGAUAACCGGAAGGAAGUGUGGAGAUACAUAACCUACAUGUUCGUUCACGUGGGUGUUCUUCAUCUGACGGUCAACCUUCUUGUGCAAAUAUUGCUGGGCAUACCACUGGAAAUGGUGCACAGAUGGUGGAGAGUACUUAUUGUUUAUUUCGCAGGGAUCCUAGCUGGGUCCCUGUUUACCUCCAUAGUGGACCCUACUGUGAGAUUGGCGGGCGCCAGUGGCGGGGUAUACGCCCUAAUGACCGCCCACGUGGCAACAAUAAUAAUGAAUUGGAACGAAAUGUCCUUUCCACUGGGACAACUCCUGGUUUUUCUUAUUGUGGCCGCAAGUGACAUAGGAACAGCCAUUUACAAUCGAUAUGUUUUGGACAUAGAAGAACAUAUAGGUUAUGCGGCACAUUUCGCCGGAGCUGUUGUGGGUCUAUUAGUUGGAAUAAACGUCUUGAGAAAUCUAAGCGUAAACAGAACUGAAAAAAUAAUUUGGCACAUUUCAAUAGUCCUGUACGUUUUACUUAUGGGUAUUUGCAUUGUAUGGAACUUGGUGUACCCAUCAUACUUUCAUAAACAAACCUUAAAAGGUAGAAUAUUCACACCUCUGAACACUACUCAUGUGAAUUAAUUUUUAAUAAAUAUUGUGCCUUAAUGCUGUGUAAAAUCUCAAACAAAUAAAUAUAUUUUAUAGAAGUAUUACAAUUUUAUGGUAGAUUAGAUAAUUUUUAUUAUGACAUAUCAUUAUUUGUGCCUUAGUACUUAUUUACAUAUUUAUACUAUAUUUAAGUUUUACAAUGUAUUCAAAAUAAACGGUUUUAUAGUUUAUAUUGUUGUUAUUUAUUUAAUACUUAUCUAAAUUUGUUUUCUGGCCUCUAGCAUGUUUUUUCUAGCCCUUUUGAAAGCCUGUACCACCUCCUCGACACUUUUCAGUAAACUGGAAGUUUUCAGCUUGUCAAAAAUCAAUCUUUCUCUAUUCUUCAACGCGGCAUUUUCGGAGAAUUCGUCCAAAAACGCUUGCGACUGGUGCAAAACGUUCAAACGAACCUUUAAACUGCCCGUCCCGACCGUAUUCGUACCGAACUUGUUCAAAAUGCGGCUCUAAAAUCAAACAAACUGUCAAAACUGUCAUUUAUCUGUCAAAUUAGUCGCACCUCUUCGUUUUUCGGUCGGCCUACCCACGUGACGUCGUCGUAGUUGCCGCAGUCGCCCACGAAAAAUCUCCUCAAAUCGCCGGUGACGUCAUUUUUCCCGAACCGAAAGCACUGCAAUUCGAAUUUGUGCGUUCCCGGCUGAUUUAUCGGCAGGAUUUUGUACGUCACGCCCUCGUUUCGGUAUAUCUUCCAGGAAUCUUUGGAAAUUAUUUCGAAAUACACUGUGGGACAUCUCGGCAGAUCUGGAAUGUGACGUCGAUUUGAAAUGGCCGCGCAUUUCGACAGAAAUAUCCGUCAAAAACUGUUGCCAUGAGAAACGGCGGGUUCUGUCAAUUUUAAAAGUGCUUUUAGUUGUUGAUGUGAUGUGCAAUAAAAUAAACCCGAUGUUUAUAAAGGUUCGGUGGCUUCAAAAGCAUUCGAGAAUGGCGAAAUUGCGAAGAAAAUGCAACUUCAACAAGCACCAGUGGAAUUUCUACAGGUAAGUUACAAAAACAGCAAUUAAACUCACCCUUGGAGUUUUGGAUGUUAUAUUCCAAAACCAACUCGAAAUUAUAACCAAAAUGAACGUUUUUUUCGUCAUUUUUACCGCACCCAACUUGCGUUAUUCCAUACAGGGUGUUUGUAUCCUGACACGUCCAAUGUUCGGGUAAAUCCACGUAAUAUUUAACGUAAAUAUCUGCGUAUUCAAAGUUUCUAGCUGUCAAAAUUUCGGCAAAUAUGUAAACGAAAAGCUUGUUUUUCGGGGGCACGUAAAAAUCUUUACCCGUGAGGUUUUUCUUCAAAACAAUUUGAUUGUUA